AUGUAUAAUCCAAGAUCUUUACCACGAAACUUAUUUACAGGUUUAGCAAAUAAUUUAAAUAUUUUUAUUCAAAAUUUUUCAAACGAAGUACACCCAAUAAAAAUUGAAAAGGCUUUAAUAGUUUCGAAGUUAUCUAGGUAUGAAUAUGAAAAAAGAAUUCAUACAGAUUGUAAUGAAAAUGAAUUGGAAAAAGUAUUAAGAAAACGAGGAACGAAUUAUGACAAACUUGUAUCUUUCCAUAAUCUCCAUAAGAAAUUUGAAGAACAUCUAAAGGAAACUUUGAAUAAAUUGGGAACAGACGUAGAAGUUGUAAAUAGAUAUAAUUGUACAGAGGACAAAGUAGAUACAGCAGAUAUUAUAAUUCCUAUAGGUGGAGACGGAACCUAUUUAUUAGCAUCUAGCAGAGUACGAAAUAAUAAAAAACCAGUUAUUGGGUUUAAUUCAGACCCAAGUCGAUCUGAAGGAUGCCUUUGUCUGCCUAGAUGGUGUUCUAUGGAUGUUAAAAAAACUUUAGAAAAACUGCAACAAGGGCAGUUUAAAUGGUUAAUGCGUAAUAGAAUAAGAACAACAUUAGCAGUAAGUGAAAAUGAUAUUUUAAGUCCCAAAUGUUUACAUGAUAUUAAAGGUUUUUCUUUGCCACCAUUCAGAGCUGCAGAAAAGAAUGUCUUGCCCGUUUUAGCCCUUAAUGAGGUAUUUAUGGGCGAAACACUAUCUGCAAGAGUAUCACAUCUUCAAAUGAAGUUAAAUGGUUCACAAAAUGACACUAAUAUAAAAUGUUCAGGAAUGUGUGUGUCAACAGGAACAGGAUCAACUUCCUGGCAUUUAAGUAUUAAUAGACUGUCGACUCAAAGUGUAGCUGAACUCUUGAGGUUGAUUGAUCUCGAUCCUACAGAAGGCAAAGACAGUUUGGCAGUGGCUUUAUCAGAUACUUAUAAUAAGAAUCUUAUAUUUUCACCUGAGCACAAAAAAAUGGGAUACACAAUUCGAGAUCUAAUAUCUUCAGGAGUCUGGCCAGAUCCUAAAGGUAUAAAGCCUAGAGGUUUUGCAUCUAAAAUCGAAGUUCAAUCACACUGUUUUGAGGCAAUAUUGGUAGUGGACGGAGGAAUUUCUUUCCCUUUUAACGACGGUACAGUUGCACAACUUGAAAUAAGGCCAGAAGAUGCACUAAGAACUGUGGUAUUCACAGAUUAA